UGAAAAACUUACUUUUGAAGUAUAUUUGCAUUGUGCAAUUUUGCAUGACAUGUUUAUCAUUUUAAUUGGGCCAAUGGUUGUUACAUCUUUCAAUUAAUUCAGAAAACUGAACAUGGACGGAUGUGUUGGUCUGAUAUGAUGGAUAUAUCAAAUUACAUAAUAGCUGUUGCUCCAUUUGGUGGUCCAAUUGCUGUUAUUCGAAACGAUAAAAAAGUUUUAAAGUUUCAAAUUUCUGGAUUAAAGCCAAAGAUUCAUAUAUUUUCUUCUUUUGGUAAGGAAAUUAGCACUAUAAACUGGAAUAAUGGGCAUUUAAUUCAUUUAGCCUGGUCGACACCUCAUCCUGAAAAUUUAAUAUGUAUUCAAGAUGAUGGAAUCGUGUUAGUUUAUGAUAUUUUUGGAAUUUUCAAAAAAAACUUUUGUUUAUAUGAUAUUCUUAUUAACGACAUAAAAUUAAAGAAGGCAUUGGCUUAUGAAAUUACUGAUUGUCAUAUCAUACAUUAUUCUGCUAAAGAAGUUAUUAAUUUAUAUAAGGAAGAAUAUCAUUAUACACCCGACACAUCUACAUAUAAAUUAUUAUCAGGUUUAGUUUUAUUAAUUAGAAACAAAAAUCAAGUUCAAACGACUAAUAAUUAUCAGAUUUUAUAUCUGCCUAAUAUUCAUGAACCUAACAUUAAAAUCAAGAUAUUUUGUGAUGGGUUAAAUAUAUUUCAAUCAACAAUGAUAAACAAGAACUCAUAUAUUAUUAAUGACUCUCAUUCCCAAUUUUUGGUUUGUGAUUUAGAAAACAAACCUGUUUGGCAUUUUUUCCUAAAUCAAGAUAAAGAACCAUUUAUUUUGAUUUUUAAAGAUAAAGAACCGCAUCUUUCAAUUUAUGAAUCAAAUGGCACUGAGCACAAAUUUUUUAUUACAAAUUCAAAGCCUUUUACAUAUGUCAAAAAAUGCUUGGUUUCUUUUGACUCAUCUAAUAUUCUAUUUUUAAUGGACAAUGAUGUAUUGUGGAUUGGAUCCUUAGAGAAAAGUUUUAACACGAUUAGGAUAAUGAAAUUGAGGGAUAUUGAUUUAAAUAAUGAUAAAUACAUCGAAAAUACAAUAAAUUACUCAAUCGUUUCGGAAGCAGCUCGAAAAAUAUUGAUACCCGAGUUAUGUUGGUGUGGAAAUACAAGCAUCGCCAUUUUACUACCAAAUUCACAACAUUUACAAAUUAUAAGUUGGUUACCAACCAAAAAUCCGAAUUCGAUUGAAUUUCCGCAACAAUCAAUUAACAUAAAUUUGGAAGAAUUAGUUUAUCCAAAUAAUAUCGAGAUAUUUAACAAUGAUAAUGAUGCGAGUCUUUAUAGCGGGAUAAAGUUUUUUUGUGAAAUAGAUGGUUGUCGUGUAUUAACUCGUUAUUCGAAUUAUUUAAUACACCUUGUUCCUAAAAGUUUAGUCGAAAUAUAUAAAAUAGGGAGUGUAUCUCCAGCCGCUUUUUUAUUAGACUCAUCUGAAUCUUUCUAUUCCUCAUCGAAAAAUAGGGAAAUUAAUUUUAAAAUUCGUAGAUCUGAAGAAUAUAUCGGGGCAAUAUUAAAAAAUUCUAACACAAAAGUCAAUGAAAAUCCUUUAUCAAAAGCUAUCAUAACAUGUAUAACAGCAGCAUUAGAAGAAUAUGAUAUUCGCCUACAGAAAAAAAUAUUAAAAGCUGCGUCAUUUGGUCAGAAAUUAUUGCCAUUUAGUUAUAAAUUUCGAAAUAAAAAUUUCUUGUUUUUAUCAAAUUUUGAUCAUAAAAUUGCCAAUUUUUUCUUUCAUUCAUGUAGAUUAAUAAGGGUUUUUAAUUUGAUCAAAAAUCCCAACACUAUUGGAAUUCCAUUAACUUAUUCACAAUUCAAAUAUAUGUGUGAUCCUACAAUAAAUCAAAAUGAAUUAAGCAAUGAUAAUGAAUCGAUUGAAAUGUUUAAAAAUAAAACUAGCUUGGGAGUUGGAAUAAUUUUAGAAAGAAUUAUGGAACGUAAGCAGUUUUCAGUUAGCAUUGAAAUAGCUGAAUUCAUGUCGUCUGAUUAUUUAUUUAAUAAUACGACGAGUUACAUUCUGGGUAAAUGGGCUUGUUAUAAAGCUAAACAGCUUCAAUUGUCAGAUAUUGAUUUGGCCAAGAUCAUUUCAUCGAAAUUAGGACCAACUCCUGGAAUUCCUUAUAGCAAAAUUGCUCAUCAAGCUUUGCAAGCAGGUCGACCUGAAUUAGCACGUCUUUUGUCGGAUUUUGAAAAUAACAUAAACGAUAAAAUUGAGUUACUUUUAGAAAUAGGCGAUUUCGAUAGAGCUUUAAAUCAAAUUUGUUUAUUCAAAAAUGAUGAUACACCAAAUCCACAAAUAUUGAAUUUCAAUAUUAUUGAUCGCGUGUCAGACGCAGAACUUAUUUAUAUAAUAUUUUUAAAAGCCAUCAAAUAUUCUGAUCAUUUUUUAAGUUCCUCUCCAACUGCUUUAAAUAAGCAAAAUUUUCUAAUGGGACUUAUAUUAAAAACUUCAAUACCAAUUAAUAAUAUCUAUGCAAAAUUUUGUAAAGUCGUAUAUUUUAAACCCAAAAUCAAUCAUCAAGUUAAGAUUGGAGUAUUUAGAAUGAAUUUCGAUUUAAAUAUGCCAUUAUUGAAAUUUUUUUCAAAGAAAGAAGACAACAAUAAAAUGGCCUUAAAUUUAUUAUACGAUUCUUUCAAUGAAAUGGACAUGUUACAAAAAAUUACCAAACUUAAGAAAGUGAAAUUAUUAUUUACCAAAGACUUCAAUGAAUUUUAUGCUAAACAAAUUGAUGAUCAAAUUUUACUGUUAACUGAAUUUCCUAAGUUUAAGGAAUUAUUGCCAGCAAAUUAUUGUAAUUUAUCCAUAUAUGAUGUUGAAGAAUAUCUCAUAAUUAAUAAAAAUAAAUUUUCAGAAGAUCUGAGAAGAACUUUUAAGUUAUCGGAAAAAAGAUAUUAUUGGAUGAAAUUAAAUGCAUUGGCUAAAAUAAACGAAUGGAAGGAAAUUGAAAAAUUUGAUAAAGAAAAAAGAUCUCCACUUGGGUAUGAACCUUUUGUAAACAUAUGUUUAAAAUGGCGCAACAAGCACGAAGCAAUUAAAUAUAUAUCAAAGCUUCCUUUAAAAAAAAAGGCAAAAUAUUAUUUAAGGGUGGGAUUAUAUGAAGAAGCUAGUGAUUGCGCCUUUCAGGCAAAAAAUUUUGAGGAUUUAGAUUAUAUAUUAGAUAGAUAUGGUGCAGGAGAAGAUGGAAGAAAAUUAAAAGAAAAAAUUCAAAUUUAUAAAACAAAAUUAUUAAAAAAUUAAUGUUUAUUUUUAUUUAUACACAUAUAAUUAAUAAAUACAAUAAAAGAUAUUGAUAACAAUAUUAUUUACUUGAAUAACAUAUUUAAAAAUAUAUGUAUGUAGUUUCUAUGUUUUAAUGUAAAUAAUCAAGUUUUCUUACAUCUAUGAUAGAUAUAAAAAUAUUAUAUUGAUAAUACUACUUUUACCAUAAAUGGUGGAAUUUGAUCUAAUGAAUCAUUAUGAUGAGACAUAUCAGUGUUCAUAACAAAAGAUGUUAAAUUGUUUAGGUUGUUAUUGCUAAAUUACAUAUUAAUUAUUCAUAUAUAUAAUAUGUUGAAUUCCAUAUCAAAUCAACGAAAAUUCUACCCAACUUCACUUCGAUUUUUAUUAAAAAUUUAUAUGAUGGUAUAAUAUAUAUAUAAAGUAUAAAAUUUUAAUUUCAUUAAACUUUCUGAAGAUAUGGACAUCUUUAAAAGGCAAAAAUUCCAAAUUUUAAAUAGCUCAAAAAAUUAAUUAAUUAAAGCCAUGAUAGUCCUUUAUAGCGUUGUGCAGAUUUGAUGAAAAACAUUUCCACAAUAUAAUAUUACGUGAAAAUUAAUAUAGUGAAUAUCAGCUUAUUACCAAAUGGGGUUACAUACAAAAAUUAACGAAUAAACCAUCCAUCUAAUUGUUCUCCGCAAAACGAUGUUAUUCAAUAUUUUCUACUUUAUCUUCACCAAUAAAUAAUAUUUUUCUAUUUUGAGAAAAGUGAAGAUUGGAGCUGCCUAUUUCCGUUUUAGCCAAAAAAUAUUGUGUUCUGCUACAAACACUCCCAAUGAGUGUUUUAUGUGCUGGAACAACCUUAAACUCAAGAAGAUCUUCCUGUGAAAAUCGAAGUUAAAGAUCCUAAGUAUAAUAUAGAUUUAUAAAAAAAUUUGAAAGAAAUGCAACCAAUUAUGGUUUUUGGUAUAUUCACUAUAUUAAUUUUCAUGUCAUUUUAAAGGGCUAUUAUCAAGCUAUAUAAUAAAAUUUAAAUUUUGACUUGAGCUAAAUUAUUUUUUGAGAUAUUUAAA